AUGCCUUUUUUCGCUACAGAGGAAGGUCGAUAUUUAGCCUCAUCUUUGGGGGAUCCGCUAAUCAAGGGGUUGACUGAAGUUGCCAAUAAACGUCCCGACGAUCCCAUUGCGUACCUAGCACAGUAUUUGUAUAACUUUGCGAACAACAGAAACAGUAUUAAAUCCAGAGGAAAGACACAGGACGAACACGGUCAAAGUAUGCUCCACUUUGCUGCUGCAAGAUCGCAUGGUCGUAACGCGUUGUUUCAACUUUUGAAAGAAACUGAAAUUAACGUGGCAUAUCGCGAUGAGCUGUAUAGAACUGCUAGAGAUAUCAGCAUCCAAGCAAAUUUGCCUGACAACACCGAAGAGAUAGAUAGAUAUGUGUUACAUAUUGCUACCAAAGGCGAUACUGAUAAACUAGUGGAACUAUUACUAGAUGGCUAUGAUCACAUAACAGAUAUAGUCGAUAACGAAGACGUACCAAUCGUCGAAGCAGUAUCCAACGCAAACCAACCUGAUACAGUUUCAUUCCUACAAUCAAUACUAGCGUUCGAGGAAAAAAGGGAAAGGGUUCACCAUGCUAUUCGUCAAGGUUCCAUCAACGACGUGACCGUGCUUCUGGCAGACGAAAACGAUACAGGAAGUGGGAAACUGUUGGCUAUAGGCAAAAAUAGCUAUGGACGAUGCACUCUACAUAUCGCGGUGUUGUGUCAGCAGGAGGAAAUCGUUGACUAUCUGGCUAAUACUUUUCCGGACACGCUAAAACUAGGAGAUAAUCUCGAAAGAACAGCACUACAUUAUGCCAUGGGCGUGGAAAAAAUGGAAUCCAUCAGCAGAGUCCUGAUCAAAGCAGGAGCCACUAGAGUGGUAAAGGAUCUCAAAGGCAGACAACCGACUUACUAUUUCCUGAACAAAUCAGACAUUCUAAGACUACAAGAAGAAGAAGAGACGUUUUGA